CUACUUGUUUUUUGUUUGUGCCACCCAACAGCCCCACUUGCAGUUCAGGGCUUCGAUACUUAUAACAGUUACAGAUCCUUCGCCCCUUGUUCUCGUCUCGAGCUUAUUUGUGUGCACCCUCUUCACAUUCACAUUUACGUUUUCCGCGCACCACCAGCUUCAAGCAUGCCUUCCGCUAUGCUCGCACCAUCAAGGCUUCCAUCAUCGUCCACAUCAUAUAGAGGGUUUGGGCUAUGGCAUGAUGCCCAUCACCACUCCUUCACGUCUAGGAAAUACCGUCAGCAUAUACAUACUAGAUACCCGUCCGAAGAAAGUGAUAUUACAGCAUUUGAGGAAGACGGCUUGGAGGAACCGAGCAUCCAGAUGGGUAGGACCCGCCGGAGAUCACAGUGGCACCGUGGCGCCCAGCCGCCGCCCUCCAACUCCUCCCUCGGCGAGGGGGAUCUUGACAUCAUGGAUAUCGACAAGCCACUGGACUAUAGCUUCAAAAUUCGGGAUCAAGUGUGGAUCCGGACCUCAGAGAAUAACUGGUACCAUGGUGUCGUCGUCGGACAGCACCCCAAGAUUAUGCCGCUCGCUUCUGAUAAGAGCGGGAACCAUGAGGAGCCCACGCACGGCGCUUACUACAUGGUGGAGUUCCGGAUUUGCAACAACAUUCGAAAGUACUUUGCACCUCUGAAUGGAGAGAUAAAGCCGGAUACAGAGGAAGUGCGGCAGCUGUUAAGGGAAGGGAAGUGGCUUUAGUUUCCUAGACGUUCAUUCGAUUCAGCAUUCAAGAACCGAAAAAUCCUGGCGACUGCUUUCGGAACUGUGG